UCCUGACACUUGUACCAUAGUUGAACAGGGAAUUAUCGGAUUGGAUUAUCUAAUGGCUAACAAUUGUCAGGUGAAUCUUGCAGGGAAGUUGCUGUUGGUAGGAGAUGACGAAGUUCCUUUGGUCGGUCAAGUGCGACCGGUGGUGAAUGGAUUGACUCGAAUUGUUGUUCGAAGAACAGUUGCUGUACCAGCGAUGAGUGAAGCAAUUAUCCCUGGAAAGCUGAAGAAGUGCGGUGAACAACGCACUUGGGCAGUUCUAGAAUCCGUGGCAAACUCGAAACGUAACCUACUAGUGGCUAGAACACUGGUUGACCUGUCUGCAGAUGAUUUACCGAUAAGAGUUAUGAAUUUAACGAAUGGUUAUAUUUCAUUGAAGAAGGGGACAGAAAUAGCAACGUGUGAACCUGUUGCGUGUGUUAGAAAUUUGGAACAUCAACCUUCCAAAGAAGAAGAUUCGGCAACAAUCCAUAAAGACAAAGGAGGAUUUGUACAUCUUGUGGAUUUGUACCGUCGAAGAAAGACUUUUAUUGGAGAAGGACACAAAACUCAAUUGAUUGAAUUGCUUAAAGAAUUUCAGGAUAUGUUUUCAAGUGGAUCAAAUUAUUUAGGUAGCACAAGCAUAACAACGCAUAAGAUUGAUGUUGGAGAAGCAAUUCCAGUCAAACAACGACCAAGGAGACUUCCAAUAAAGCAGAGGGAGGAAUCAAACAAGUUAAUUGAAGAAAUGCGAAGCCAAGGCGUGAUAGAGCGUUCACAAAGUCCCUGGACCUCUCCUAUAGUUCUAGUUAAGAAGAAAGAUGGGAGUAAAGGAUUCUGCGUGGAUUAUAGAAGGUUAAAUAAGGUAACCAAACGUGAUUCAUAUCCUCUCCCGCGUGUAGACACAACUCUUGAUGCUAUCAAUGGUUCGAGGUGGUUCUCAACAUUAGACUUGAAGAGUGGGUAUUGGCAGGUGAGAAUGGAGGAGAGCGACAAAGAGAAGACCGCAUUCACAGCUGGUGAAGGUUUGUGGCAGUUCAUUGUUAUGCCUUUUGGCCUUUCGAAUACCCCGGCAACGUUUGAGCGACUUAUGGAGCGUGUACUUCAAGAAUUGCUGUGGACGGUGUGCCUAAUAUAUUUGGAUGAUGUCAUCGUGCAUGCAAGAACAUUAGCUAUUCAAUUUUCUAAUCUUCGAACUGUUUUUCAAAGGUUACGAGAAGCAGGAUUAAAGUUGAAUCCGAAAAAGUGUCAUCUUUUCCAAAGAACCGUCCGUUAUCUUGGACAUAUCGUGAGUGGUUCGGGUAUCGCAGUUGACGCAGGAAAAACUGAUACGGUCUCUAAGUGGCCAGAACCAAAGAACAAGACAUAA